AUGAGGAAUCCUGAUGGAAGUACUGCCCGCAUGCUGGGAGUCAGACUCAAACCUUCGACUAUCACCAAGAACCCCAACAUCGUUAACUGUGACAACGGAUGGCUCGAAAUGGUGAAAGUAAAGGCUCAAAUCCGCACCUUGUACGAGGCCGUCAACAAAUUGAAUGCGGACUUUUGGCCGGCCCUUGUGAACCCAGUUGAGCACUUGAAGGCCAAACCCAUGUCGUACUCGACCGGGAGCGUGGAACAGGUGCAACUGGCCUUGCAAUUCACCUAUGAAGCAUGGGGCGACAUUCCCGGGGCCAUUGCUGUUAUUGAGAUGUGCAUUGAGGGUAAAAUUUGA